AUGUCUUGGAAAUAUAAUAGCCGUCUUGAUGAGGCUGCUAGUCUACUACACAUCAACGACGAAGAAGUGCGCGCCAUAGAUCUAACAGUCGAUGAUUACACUGCAGACCCUGAUUACAGCGCCAACAACUCUGAGUCAGGCAAUGUCAGCGACUCUGACACCACUGCCAAUGACUACGACUUCGCCGACAACAUUUCCGAGUACAGUCCUCAUUUAGGAGGUCGCCGGCGCCGCUCUCCAGCUCCAAGCCCAGCACCAGCUCCAAGACCAGCACCAGCCCCAAGACCAGCGCCAGCUCCAGCGCCCGCACCAGCGCCCGCACCAGCACCAGCUCCAGGCGACAACUACUAUGACAACGUCAUAGCUAGUUAUCUCUACCUCCAAGAACACUCCCAGCAACUUGUUGUCCUUAGGCCGCACUACACUGUUACAGCCACAUACCCUGGUCACAACGGACAUCAACAGUACGACAUGUCGUUCCAUACAGACAAUUUAUUGGAUUAUUACAUAAGUGGUGUUGGCGAUGCUGCCCUUCAAGGUCUUGAGCUCAAAUGGAAGAUUUAG